AAAUAUCUUUUACCAAACGGCUUUUUUUCCUAAUAAUCGUGUGGUCUUUGGCUGUAAUCUCCGCGACUCAAAUCUCUCUCUCUAGAUUAUCUCAUAUUCGCUCGCUUGCUCCACCAUUGGCUUAUCCUCGCUUCUUGAGUGCUCCCUAAUUUCUCUGAAUUUCGAAACUCUUGCCUGAGACAAUCGCAGCUUUGAAUGCGAAUCUUUUGAUUCCUUUCAUUCGCUGUGAUUUUACUGUAUCAUUACCUUCCGGCGGAAUAUGUUUAUUUAUCUUCUUCAUCUUUAUGUUCCUAGACGAAUGAGCUUUUGUCACAGUUGGCUUGAUUUUCACCUCAACGCCCAAUGAAUAGUUCGUGCACCGAUGCUUUUGAAUAGACAUGGCUUCUGCUACUUCAAUGUCAGUUUCUAUUGAAUGUGUGAAUAUAUGUAAGUCUUGGAAAGGAGAUGUGAGUGGGAGAUUCGACUGUAGUGUGCUAUCUUGUGCCUGGAAGGCGCCAAGGGCCUUGACUGGGUUCCUUGCCAGCACAACUCAUCCUUCUCGGUGUUCCUCUACUCUUUAUGGACGAUAUGGAAGAAGAAAUCGUCUCCACCGAUGUAGAUGUUAUACUUCUGAUGUGGACGAACGCUACUCUGAUGAAGCUCUGCAAGGAGUCCCUGGCUCAAGGCUUCUACUAUCUACUUCUAGCAAAUGGAAAUUAUGUUGCUCUUUAUCAUUUUCUUCAGAGUCUUGUGAAGAGAUAUCUCCUGAAAGUUUGUGGGAGGAUCUUAUACCUUCUAUUUCAUAUCUUUCUUACAAAGAAUUGGAAUUGGUUCGCAAGGCUUUGAAUCUUGCUUUUGAGGCACAUGAUGGUCAAAAGCGUCGUAGUGGAGAGCCCUUUAUUAUUCACCCAGUUGCAGUUGCACAGAUCCUUGGACAGCUUGAAUUGGAUUGGGAGUCAAUUGCUGCUGGGUUAUUACAUGAUACUGUGGAAGAUACAAAUGUAGUUACUUUUGAAAGAAUAGAGAAGGAAUUUGGUCCGACAGUUCGGCGUAUUGUUGAAGGGGAGACUAAGGUAUCCAAGCUCGGAAAGAUCAAGUGCAAGGAUGAAAGCCAUGUGCAGGAUGUCAAAGCUGAUGACCUUAGACAGAUGUUUCUUUCCAUGACGGAGGAGGUCCGUGUUAUAAUUGUAAAAUUGGCUGAUAGAUUACAUAAUAUGCGCACUCUUUCACAUAUGCCUCCACACAAGCAGUCUGGCAUCGCAACAGAGACGCUGCAGGUUUUUGCUCCUUUGGCAAAACUUCUUGGAAUAUACCAAAUCAAG